CAUAAUAUAGAUGUCCUUUCUUGAGCAGUUUGUGCUAAGAGGAAAGGACAGAAAAGAUUAGACAAAGGAUUUCUACGUAGUUCAGAGAAAUGGAAACAUGAUUAAAUCCCAAAGGAAGAAUUCCCUAGAAAAAAGAAUUGAAGAUGGAGGGACUUUUUGGCAUAUUGUGGGCAUGAGAUUACAAAACAGGAAGCUGGGGGAAAUCUCAGACUGGAAAAUAAAGGAAAUAUCAGCAUGAUUGGAAGAAGUGUACAAACAGCCUAAGAUAUGUGGUGAAGAAAGGAGUCAGAUGGGCAAGACUUCACAGAGGAAGCAAUGUGACUGGGAGAACCUAUCAAAGCCAAAGCCUUGUUUACACGCCUCAAUCCCCUUGAGGAUGUCCAGUUACACAUUCAAGAGGCCAGUCACUAGAAUCACAUCCCAUCUGGGCAAUGAGGUAAGAUAUCACCAGUGGGAGGAGACCUUGGUCAAGCCCCAACAAGCCUGCUGGCAGAAGAGACUGCAAGGACUCCAAGCCUACAGCAGUGCAGGAGAACCUUUGAGCACUUCAGAUCUUGCCAAAGCUUUGCGCGAUCUUAGACCUAGAGGCACAGAUGCAUGUGUUUCAGAGACUCAAGCCAACAGUGUUGACUGUAGGUCCACCCGUGAGUCAUCUUCACAUUUGGUGGAGAUGAUUCCAGAAGCGGGUAUCCCACAGAUCCUUUGCAAUCAAUUUCUCGUCACUGAAGAAGAUAUUAGCAAACAGGAAAAGAAAGUGAAAACAGCAAGAGAAAGACUGGCGGUCGCCAUGACUGCACACAGGCUGGCCAACGAGGCAGAGAAAGAGAGGGGGUUAAAGAGGGCAACCUUAUAAACACAGGGAGGGGGAGCUGGGGAGAAGGUUCUGCAGAUGAAACACAGAUUUGCUUUAACACUUCUUUGCAGUGUCUUUUGUUGUUGUUUUGAGAUGUUGAAACUUUAAA